UAUUGAGUCAAAAGAUAGAAACACUUUGAAAGCUUUAUAGAUUGCCAAACUGCUUGUCAAAAAAGUUGUGACAAUGUUACACCAGCUCCUAAAGGUUUGUUUUUGCACUUUGUUAUUGUGAUACAUGCCAAAUGGUAUUGUUACUUAAAUUCCUAGAUUGCUGAUAAGGGAAAAAAUAUUUUCUCAUUGAUAUGCUAGUCAUAUAUAUUUUCUCUGAAAUUGUCCACAGCUUUUGCCUAUUUUCUACUGAGGCUUUGGUGGUUUUCUUUUAUGAAUUAUUUUUUAUAGUUGACCUGCUCUUCUAACAUUCAGUGCUCUUCUGACCCUACAAAGCACAAAUACAUCUUAGGGCCACAGUCUAAUGGUUGGCAAGAUCUCCUGUCUAUGGACAUUCCCUAAAUCAGUGGGACCACCAGGGCCUACACUCUCCCUUUCCCAUGACAGGUGCUGUUCACAUUCAACCUGAAGUCCUCACCCAGUUCAGGGGAACUGAUGUUCAUGGAGCGCUACCAGGAAGUGAUCCAAGAGCUGGCCCAAGUAGAGCACAAGAUUGAAAACCAGAACACAGAUGGGGGUAGCAACACCAUUCGGAGAACUGGCAGUGGCCGCUCAACUCUACAGGCCAUUGGCAGCGCUGCGGCAGCAGGAAUGGUGUUUUACUCUAUCUCUGAUGUGACCGACAAGCUGCUCAGCACCUCUGGAGAGCCCAUCCCCACGCUCCAGGAGGACUUUUGGAUAAACACAGCUCUGAUGGAGCCCACUCCUCCCCUGAGAGAGGUUCUGGAAGACCUCAGUCCCCCUGCCAUGGCUGCGUUUGACCUAGCUUGCUCUCAAUGCCAGCUCUGGAAAACCUGCAAGCAGCUUUUGGAGACGGCCGAACGGCGUUUGAACAGUAGCCUUGAAAGGCGGGGUCGACGGAUAGACCACGUACUCCUAAUUGCCGAUGGCAUUCGAGGUUUUCCAGUUGUUCUUCAGCAAAUCAGUAAGAUUCUCAAUUACUUGCUUAUGACAGCCGGUCAAACUAAAUCAGAGAGUGUGGAAGAAAAGGGAGGAGGCCCUCUACGAUGCAGCAUCACUGAACUGCUUCAGAUGUGCUGGCCCAGCCUAACUGAGGACUGUGUUGCCAGCCACACCGCCCUCUCCCAGCAGCUAGAUCAGGUCCUUCAGUCACUGAGAGAGGCACUAGAGCUGCCAGAGCCCAGGACUCCUCCACUCUCUUCCCUGGUGGAACAAGCAGCCCAGAAAGCUUCAGAAGCAGAGGCCCACCCUGUGCAGAUCCAGACUCAGCUUCUCCAGAAGAACCUGGGCAAACAGACCCCAGCAGGCAGCAGGCAGAUGGACUAUUUGGGUACCUUCUUCAGUUACUGCAGCAGGCUUGCUGCAGUUCUCCUUCGAAGUUUGAGCUCUGAGCCUGAUCAUGUGGAGGUCAAGGUAGGAAAUCCCUUUGUUCUGCUGCAACAGAGCUCUUCCCAGCUGGUGUCGCAUCUCCUGUUUGAGAGACAAGUUCCCCCAGAGAGGUAGGAGCCACCUCUAUGCAAGUCAGCCAUGGGCCUUCCUGAUUAUUUCAUCAAGAUAGCCAGGGGCUCAGUGCAUUUGUGUUUGGGGUUAGCACAGAGAGUGAGGAUUUCUUCCAGACUUAAUCUUUUAUCUUAUACAAAUCUGUGAAAAUGCAACGUGCCUUGUUUUUUUCCUUUUUCUCUUGAUACUUCCUGGCAG